AUGGAUUAUUUUGUACAUGAAGAUGGUCAAGGAAACCUUUACGACGACAAAGGCAUGGCGGUUGCAGUCGUAGAAAUGGAAGUAGAUGAAGAGAUGUAUCCUAUUGAAACAGUGACGAAUUUUGGAAUGUAUCAUGAGCUUAAAGCACCUGAACACCCCGAGAAAAACAAUGCAAAGCAGCAAGAGAGAGAAGAUGAAUCAGAAAAGGAGCAGCUGUUUGCCUUGGUGUAUGAAAGAGGCAUGAGUGCAAGACAAGCUGCCCUGAAACUACAAAUCAACCCACGCACCGCCCAGAGAUGGGUAGCAAACGACCAGCAAGAUCCGCAAACCUACAUCGCAAGAAAAGAGGGUAGCGGAAGACCAGUUGGUAGACCAGCACUGAUGGAUGAGCGUCAUAAAACUCAUUUGAUCAACUUAAUCGACGAAGAGCCUGCGUUAGUUUUGAAUCAAAUGAUGGAAAGCUUGACAGCCUCGUUCAGUGACCUCACGAUAUCGAAAACAGCUCUCUACAAUUUCGUUACCAACAAAUGCAAGAUUAGUCUGAAGAGAGCUCACUUUCAUUCGGCGGAUCGCAACAGCCCAGAAAAGAUCAAAGCACGAAAGGAGUGGGUAGAGAAAUGGAUGAACACCGAUAUGGACUACAUGAGCAAUUGCGUGUUCAUCGACGAGGCAGCAUUUCAUAUCAAUAUGAAGCGAUCUGUUGAUUGGUCAAAGGUGGGAACUCGCGCCGUUGCCAAAGUGCCAAAGACUAGGGCAAAAACAACAACAAUUUUGGCUGCUACUUCUGCUUUUGGUGUUGUCAACAUUAAAGUAAGACGGCCUCGAGUGAUGCCCUCUUCUAAGGAAAGAAAAACAACUGGAUCAAGUGGACCAGCUCAAACCCAGAGUAAAGGCACUGUUACAGGCCAUUACUUUAACUUUUUGAGCGACACCAUGGACGAAAUGGACAAGCAUCCUGAUAUUUUUAAGGACAACUACUUGAUCAUGGACAAUGCUCCAAUCCGCAUGAAUGACGACAUUAAGCUUUUCAUAGAAAGUCGUGGUUAUAGGUGCGUCUACCUUCCUCCAUACUCUCCAGAGCUCAACCCCAUUGAACAAUUCUGGUCUGUUUGUAAGAGCAAGCUUAAAAGAGAGAAGUUGUUGAAGGAAGAGACACUUACAUCUAUAAUCGGAGAUGCAUGCAAUCAAGUGCUUAUUAGCGAUCUUAAAGGAUUCUGUAAACACUCUUGUGAUAGAUUCGAUGAUUGCUUGCAAGAGAAGCCUAUUUAG